AUGCGCGGCAAUUUGCCGCUCUCCGCCAAGGCGUGGAAUAGUCCUGCAAAGGCUCGCAAAUCGUACAAAGAUGAGAUGAAAGAGAAGGGCAUCAUCGACAUCGAGGAGCACGAUGGCACAGAGGAAGAGGUUGGCUUCGGCAGAUCUGAAAAGGCAAAUGCAGCGGCACACGUCAAUCUCAGCGCGAAGCUCAGUAAAGAGGGAACGCCAGGUGGCCAGCCAGGCAGCAUGAAGGAAGUCUGGAGGUUAAUCAAGAUUGCCAAGCCGGAACUGAAGACCCUCUCUGUGGCAUUCAUGUUCCUCUUGGUUUCGUCUGCUGUGUCUUUAUCCGUGCCCUUCUCAAUCGGGAAGAUCUUGGACAUCGCGACACAGCCUGGUGGUGCUAAAGAUAUGCUCUUUGGAUUGGAUAUGACUACUUUCUACAUCGCAUUAGCAGGAGUGCUUGCUACUGGCGCGGCGGCAAACUUUGGACGCAUCAUUAUUCUUCGCAUCGUCGGAGAGCGCAUUGUCGCACGACUGCGAUCGAAGCUGUACAGGAAGACCUUCAUUCAGAACGCAGAGUUUUUUGACGCCAACAGAGUAGGAGACCUCAUCUCCCGCCUCGGAUCUGAUACAAUCAUUGUAGGCAAGAGCAUCACACAGAACUUGUCAGACGGUCUACGGGCGGCUGUUAGCGGUGCAGCAGGCUUUGCUAUGAUGGGCUGGGUUAGCAUCAAGCUUACUGGCAUUCUUGCUUUAGUCGGCCCGCCAGUUGCUAUCGCAGCCUUCUUCUCCGGUAGGAUGUUGCGGAACAUCAGUCGGAAGAUCCAGAAGAAUCUCGGAACCCUGACUAAGAUCGCUGAAGAACGGCUAGGCAACGUCAAGACUAGCCAGGCAUUUGCUGGAGAGAUGCAAGAAGCGGGGCGCUAUAACCGCCAAGUCAAGAGGAUAUUCGAACUUGGCAAGAAAGAGGCCAUUGUGGCUGCAACUUUCUACGGCACUACUGGUUUGAUGGGCAACUUGACCGUCAUUGCAGUCUUAUAUGUCGGAGGCAGCAUGGUCAAAUCUGGAGCUAUCACCAUUGGAGAGCUAUCUUCGUUCCUGAUGUAUACAGCUUAUGCUGGGUCAAGUAUGGUCGGCCUAUCUGGAUUUUGGGGAGAGAUGAUGAAGGGCGUGGGUGCUGCAAGCCGCCUUUUCGAGCUCCAAGACCGGAACCCCACGAUUUCGCCAACCGUUGGCCAACCCGUCAAGUCCGCCCAAGGUCCAAUUGAGUUCAAGCAUGUAUCAUUUAGCUACCCAACUCGCCCCGCUGUUUCCAUCUUCACGGAUCUGAACUUCCGGAUCGAGCAAGGUACAAAUGUUGCCAUUGUUGCACCUAGCGGAGCCGGCAAAUCUACUGUGGCGAGUUUGUUGCUGAGAUUCUAUACUCCUACCGGGGGGAAAAUCACCAUAGAUGGCCGAGACAUCACGGGACUAAACGCGAAGCAAUUGCGAAGAAAGAUUGGCUACGUCGGUCAAGAGCCUGUGCUUUUCUCGGGGACCAUUGCGGAGAACAUUGCGUAUGGAGUUCCUCACGCUACUCGUGCGGAAAUCGUAGCGGCAGCUCGUAAGGCUAAUUGCCAGUUCAUCGGUGAUUUCCCCGAUGGCCUCGAAACCCAUGUCGGCGCGCGAGGAACACAGCUCUCAGGUGGCCAGAAGCAGCGUAUCGCUAUUGCACGCGCUCUCAUCAAGAAACCUGACAUCCUUAUCCUGGAUGAAGCAACCAGCGCACUUGACGCCGAAUCCGAAACCCUCGUGAACCAAGCCCUCGGCGUCCUUCUCCGCGAGAAAAACACAACAAUCAGCAUCGCGCAUCGUCUAUCCACAAUCAAGCGCUCUGACCGCAUCAUCUGCAUCGGUUCGGAUGGUCAAGUUGCCGAAGAAGGGACCUACAAGGACCUCGCCGCAAACCCAGACGGCGCAUUUACCAAGCUCAUGGAAUGGCAGCUUAGCGGUGGGGACGUCGAGACCCGGGAAGUCAGAGUGCAAGACCCGCGCCCGACAGAGGAGGAAGAGAUUGAGGAGGAUCUGGAAAGAGACGACGAUGACGAUGGCGAUGACGAUGGAUGUGGAUGUCAUGGGAAUGGGGUAGGAGGCAUGGUCGGGAAUUAUCACGAGAGGGAAGAGGAGUACAAGAUGGCUGGGAAUCGGGAGAAUGAUGUUAAGGCGCUGAAGCAUGAUAUGGUGUAUUUCAAGGGAUUAAUGAGUAGUGUGAGGAGAUUUGGAGAGUUUAGAACCGUGUUGCAUACGGGGCUGUAUAGUCAGGUUGUGGCGAUGGAGGUGCCGGUGGGUGGGGAGAUUGGGGACGAGGUCCAUACAGUCGACCAAAUCCUGCUUUUCACAUCCGGUAAAGGCCUCGCGACCAUCGCUGGCAAAAACCAGGAAGUGAGUGCUGGCGACGUAGUUGUUGUGCCGGCAGGCACACAGCAUCAGUUUGUCACUCGGGGUGAUGAGCCACUCGAACUUGUUACCAUCUAUUCUCCCGCAGAGCAUGCUCCGUCGACGGUGCAUAAGGACAAAGAGCAGGCAGAUAAAGAGGAGGGUGAAGGGAUUGAUGAAGCGCCUGAAUGGAGUCAGAGGAGCAAAAAGGAGAAUGAGGAUCAGGGGUUGGUGAAGUUGAGUGGGAAGUAUGAUGAGUAG